AUCCUCAUCAGCUCUAUCUUUGUUUGAUUCAUAAAUCUUUCAGUCAUCAUACAAUAAUCCCUCCACAAUCCAUAAACUCGUCAUUUUCUACAUACAUUUUCUAAAGAAUUAUCUACCAAUCAACACCAUGCUCGCUUAUUUAAAGAUUAUGAUCUUAUCUUUGGCUGUUGUGCAUGCAACAUCCUUCGCGACUCAGAACCCUGCGUGUUCUACUGAUCUGACCGGUGGCGUGGAUGACGAAAUCGUUCAACAGUCUACCAGAGCGGUCAACAAUAUGGGAGCAACCGUCACCAUGGCUACCACGAAAUCCUGUGGAUCUGUAAAAGUUAGCAUUGACCGUGACCCUCCAGCACAGGCACCUCCCACCGGAUUUGAAGCUACCAGCGACAUGAUCUUGACCAACUUGAACGCCCUUAACAAGAAAUGUGAAUAUGGAUCUGUUUACUUCAACAGUCAAGGCAGUGAUAGCAUUAUACUAAAACUCACCACUGAGGCCACUACUUCUCCUCCUUGCUAAACUUUACGUUUGUGAUGAGACUUCUUUGAUCAAAUGAUCUAGUGUUGUUUCCGAAAUCUUUUUGCUUAUGAUGGUUUCAGGUGCUUUGAAGUUUGACUUGAGUCUUGAGUAGAGAUUUUCUUGUAUGGACCCACUUUUAAAUGUUGCCUACUUUGCUCUUUGUUCCCUUUACUCUUCUUCAAGGCAUUUUGACCAUAUAAGCCUUAGUUCUUCCCUUUUUAGUGUUGUAGUCCUCUUCAGCUUAUGCCCACCUC